AUGUCAAAUAUUGCCGCUCCAGACAAGAAGUCGUCAGAUAUCAAGUUGCUAUCCAAGACUGAAACGAUGCAAAUGGUUUUUGACGAUCUUCGGUCGAAUAGACCAAAACCGCUCGAGAGUCACAACUCUAGAUUGCAGCUGCACAAGAGAUCUAUGUCUUUACCUAAUACGGACUCGUUGACAAUUCCGCGGCCGAUGCACCUACAGAGGUCUGUUGGAAAUCUACGUCCGAUUUGA